UCAAGGUUGGCAGCAUGGAGGUAGAAAGCGCUGUUUGGCCAGAAAUAGAAAAGGCAGAAAAAGAAAACAGGCGAGAGCUGGUUUUACAAGGUUCGGCAGUUGACAAGAAAAUACAGACCAGCGGCGGUAUCCAUGCCAAGCUAUACUCUCUCGUUCUCCUAAACUACCUGGAAGUCAGCCAGUGUCCGAGUUUAGACGUGAUACAUGAAAACAUCAAAAACCUGUCUCAUCUACAAAGCCUGAUUCUGUGUAGAAAUAAGAUUACAUCCGUGCCCAAAAGCAUAGGUGAACUGAAAUCAGUCAAAGUCUUGGACUUGUCAGUCAAUGACUUGCAAGCUUUGCCGGAAGAGAUUUGUUUGCUGAGCGAACUCACAACUCUAAACGUCAGUUGUAACAACAUCAACGCUUUGCCAAAUGGAUUGAGUCAAUGCCCGAAGCUUUGCAGUAUCAAUGUGUCAAAAAACGCCCUGGCAGGUCUACCCGAAGAUCUGUGCUCGUCGCGCCUGGAGCUGCUUAAUACGAUCAUAGCAUCGGAAAACGCUAUAGAGCAACUGAGCAAUGAAAUACACAACCUGCCGGCGCUGAAGGUCUUGGACCUGUCAAACAACAAACUCCUUGACAUUCCAUUUGAGCUGGCAGACUGUCCCAAGCUGAAGGAAAUCAACUUCAGAGGGAACAAGCUGAAGGACAAGCGGCUGGAGAAGAUGGUAAACGGCUGCCAGACUAAGUCGGUGCUGGACUACCUGAGAGUGGGGGGCCGAGGGAAGGGGAAAGGUCGCAGUCCAGAUGGAGAGUCUGCCGAGAGAGAAGACGGAGGCCGCAAUGUCUCCAAGAAGAAAAAUGCUGCCAAGCAGCAGCAGAAGAACAAGAAGAAGAAGGAAGAAGAGGAGGAGGAGGUGGAGGUGGAUGGUUUGAACCGGAUGGUUGUGAGGGUUCUGCGUGUGUCAGAUUCCCCCACAGCAUUCGUGGUGAAAGUGUCUCCGCUUGUGAAGGAUGUGCGGCCAUUCAUAGUGUGCUGCAUUGUAAAGGGCCUCAACCUGAAACCAGGAAAUGCACUCAAGAGGUUUCUAGUAGCUCAGACUAAACUUCAUGAUGAGGUUUGUGGCAAAAGAACAACAGCUACCAUUGCUACUCAUGACCUAAGCUUACUGAAGGCCCCUCUAGAAUAUGAUGCCAGACCUCCUGGUGUACUGAAGCUUGUUCCUCUAGGUCGUAAGGAAAUGAAGGCUGCCGACCUGCUGAAGCAGCUCCAGCAUGAAGCAGAUGAGCAGAGGAAGCAAAAGAAACGUCAGAAUGUGUCAGGCCUCCACAAGUACCUUCAGCUACUGGAUGGGAAAGAUCAUUACCCUUGCUUGGUUGAUGCAGAUGGUCAUGUGAUCUCAUUCCCCCCAAUCACAAACAGCGAGAGGACAAAGUUAAAGAAGACCACACGGGAGCUGUUUGUAGAAGUGACGAGUUCUACCAGUCUGCAGAUUUGUAAGGAUGUCAUGGACAUGCUAAUUAUAAAAAUGGCAGAGCUGAACAAGUUUACAUUUGAACAUAAGGAAGAGGCUGGCUCAGACGGGGAGGUGGACAGGACCACUGAGCCCUCGGUGGAUGGCUCAGACACCCCAGAGUUGAAGGUAGUGCAGGUGAAGGUGGUGGAUGCCGAGGGCAAUCUGAAGGUCGUGUACCCGUCCAAGACUGACCUAACAUCUGAUGUCGGCCACCUGACCAUCAUCCGGUAACAAAAAAAAAGAAAGGAAACUAAACAAAACAAAAAAACACAACAAAAAAUACAACUA